AUGCAGACAGAAGCUUUCGAGAAUACUGAACCUGUGUUUCAACGAAGACGACGAUUCGGCCUCGGUACAGUGCUCAUGUGCACCGUUCCAUUUAUUGCCUUUGGACUUGGAACUUGGCAAGUACAGCGUCUUCGUUGGAAGGUCAAUUUGAUUCAAGAAAUGGAGGAACGUAUGGAGAAGCGUCCUAUCCCUCUUCCUCGCCGUAUCAAUCAAGACGCGCUUUCAGACUAUGAGUAUCGCAAAGUAUCUGUCACGGGCAAAUAUCGUCACGACCAAGAAAUGUUAUUAGGGCCACGCACACGCGGUGAUGGUCAAGCCGGCUACUUCCUUGUCACGCCACUUGUGCGCGAGAACGGCACCACAAUUUUGGUCAAGCGAGGCUGGGUCCCGUUAGACAAAAAGGAUAAGCGUGUACGACCCGAUAGUUUGACAGACGACACGGUGGAAGUCGAGGGUCUUUUGCGCAUGUCCGAGAAACGCAACGCCUUUACGCCAGAUAACGAUUUGAUGAAUAAUCAAUGGUACUGGACCGAUGUGGAGACCAUGGCAAAACUGACAGGUGCUGAGCCAUUACUAGUCGAACGAGUUUCAUACCUAUCGCCCAAUACCGAAUACACGUUAAUAGAUAAAGGCAUACCGGUUGGUCGAUCGCCUGUGGUCGAGGUACGCAACAGCCAUUUGAAUUACAUAGUCACUUGGUAUUCUCUAUCCGCGUUCACUUCAGUCAUGUUAUGGCGUCUAUUGAAGAAACCUGUCAACCGUCCAAUGAAAGUAAAGCGACUGUAA